AUGUUGACAGCAGAGGAGCAACAGUACUUGGAGAGUAUUUGGUCUGACCCAAAACAUGCAGGGUCAUUUAGCGGUCCAUACAAAUUAUAUCAGGUCGUUAAAAAAGAUGGGAAGUUUAAGAUCGGUCUGACACGUAUCAGAGAGUUUUUAUCUGGACAAGAUGCAUACACUUUACAAAGACAUGUAAAAAGAAAAUUUAAAAAGAGACGUGUUAUAGUGAAUGGACUGGACAGUCAAUGGGACGGUGACUUAAUGGAUGUCAGCAACCUAUCAAAACACAAUGACGGUAUUCAUCACAUUUUAGUCCUACAAGACAUCUUUUCACGAUUCUUGUUCACGGUGCCAUUAAAACGAAAGACGGCAGAAGAAAUGGUAAAUGGUUUGAAGACCGUUUUUGCUAAGGGGAGACAACCUUCACUGGCAAGAUUUGACAAAGCUUUCAAAACGGUCCUUGUUCAGGAUUAUCUUAGGUCUAUAAAUGUGCACGUAAUUUUCACAGAAAACACAGCGACUAAAGCCGAUUACGCUGAAAGGCGGAUUAAAGACUUGAAGAGUAGGAUGUUUAGAAUGUUAACAUUUAAUAACUCUUACAGAUACAUCGAUCGAUUACAAGACAUAACCGAUAGUAUCAACAACACACCGUCUAUACCCAUUGGCGGUAUAACCCCUGCAGAAGUAAAUAAAAAAACGAAGACGAAAUCAGGUUAA